GGAAAACGAGGCACUGCUCCGCCGUGCUUCACGUCGCUGCUUCCGGCGAUGCCUUUCUGACGCGGUCGUCAGUUGCUCCGCCUCCGUAACUCCACUUUCGCGUCCGCUUCCACUCUCGCACCUUUGUUUAAAGUGGAAUAGAAAGCGGCCACGCAUUGGUCGAGGAGGAGGCGGGGAGAGAAUGGCGGCGAGGAACCGGCCGCGGGCGAUCCUCAACCUGCCUCGGCUGGUGAGGCGGUCUCGAGCAGCGGCGACGAUGAAUCCGCUAUUGGACCGAAAACUCGUGGAUCUUCUCGAGGGCCGCGAUCGUCAAGCGCAGACCCCUCGGACGCCGACGGUGACUCCUCCAGGAGAGAGAGGAGGGGACUCGGGCGGAGACGAGAGGUGGCGGUUCCAGGCGGAGAUGCUUCGCGCCGAAUGCAAAUUCUUGAGGAUGGAGCGCGAGAUCGAGCUGCGAAAACUGGAGCGGAAUCGAGCCCAGAUGGAGGACACAUUGAGAUCCGCAAUGGACACCUUGGUAUUGGGGAGGAAGAAGAUUGAUUGCAGCGAGAGCGUAGAGGCGGCAUUGGAUGCGAGCAUCGAGGAGCUGGAGGAAAGGUUACAGGUGCUCAGAUUGGGUAACGGCGGGUGCGGAAGGAGGAACAGAGGAAGCUCAAGAGGAAUGCAUCCUAUGAGUAGUGGCAGGCGAAACUUCGAUCGGCAAGCAUCGGUGCUUAGGCGGCGGCUGGAGAAAAUGGAUGACGACCUCAGCGUGAAGGACAUUCAAGAGAUUUCUGUGCCAGAUUCAAGGAAGAAAGCUGCACAAUCAGAGCGAAUUGAAGCAGCGGAGUCUUCUAGUCACGGUAGCCAGUUUCCCGACGAGAUGGAGAUGCUGCAGAGAAAGAUGGACGGACUGUCCAGGGGGAUGUCAGAGAGGAUCGAGGAAUGUAGCCAUUUCCUCUCUGCCAACGAUGGUAGUAUCAUUACCAGCAACAGCCAAGGCGAGAGGAGUGACCUACAACCAAUUGGGUGCGCUACAGCAAUAAAGCAAGAACGGUUCCUUCAAAUCCAGAAGCUGCCGCCGCCGGCGGCGCCGGAUAAACUGGAGGAGGAGAAGAUGGGGUUGCUAAGCUGCUGUAAUUGCAAGGAGUUGGUGAGCCAUAUAAUGCAGCAGGUUAGGGCUGAGUCUGAGCAGUGGACUGAGAUGCAAGAAAUGUUGGAUCAAGUUAGGGUAGAGAUGGAAGAGCUCAAAUCUUCUAGAGACCAUUGGCAGCGACGUGCCAUUUCUUCCGAGGUCAAUUUCCACUCUCAGCAGGCACAUAAGCUUGAGUGGAAGCAAAGGGCGAGAUCUUCAGAACGCAAGGUAAUUGAGCUACAGAAAGUAGUUAAAGAGCUUCAGAAAGAGCUCCAACCGUUGAAAACCAAGCUCCUCAAUGCUCCCCCUUCAUCCCCUACGCACUCAGAGUUCCAGCUGGGAGAUCCACUGAGGAUAGCUCAAAACCAACAGACUAAAUCACUCAACACAUGUAAAGAGAAGGAGAAGCAUAUCCUUGUGUGUCACAUGAACUCACAGAACCAUCGAAGCAGGCGCACGCCAUUGAGAGAUAUCAAUAACAUUUCUCCGAGACCAAGACAUCGAGUAUGAAGUUCACAGUUAUGUCAUGAGGACAACAAAGGACUCAUCUGCAGAAUGAUCUGCAAUGCUUGAAACAAUGAUGAUUUGUUGAGUUGUGAGUUAAUCAGAAGUUGCUUAUCUGAGAACAGGUUAAGCACGCCUGAGUCGUCUCUCCUUAUGCAGCUUAUUAUUAGGAUGGCAUAAAUUCUGUAUUAGCGUUAUUUUAGUUUGGAAUAC